CAAGAACCAACCAGAGUCAACCAUUGGUAAUAUGGUUGAGUGGUGGGCCGGGAUGCAGUAGUGCAUUGGCUUUGUUUUACGAGAAUGGGCCUUUUCAAAUUGCUAAAAACAUGUCACGUAUGGAAUUAUUAUGGUUGGGACAAGGUUUCCAACAUUAUCUACAUUGAUCAACCAACGGGAACUGGAUUCAGCUAUAGUUCUAGCCCAGAGGACAUUCGACACGAUGAAAAUGGCAUUAGCAAAGACCUCUAUGCAUUUUUACAGGAGUUUUUGAAGGCUCACCCUGAGUUUGCGAAGAACGAGUUCUACAUAACGGGCGAAUCCUACGCGGGGCAUUACAUCCCCGCACUGGCCUCCCGAAUUCAUCAAGCAAACAAGAUGAAACAAGGCAUUCGCAUAAACCUCAAGGGAAUGGCCAUAGGCAAUGGAAUGACCAACCCUGAAUUGCAGUAUGCAGCCUACCCUGACUUUGCCCUUACCCAAAAACUCAUCACAGAGUCUCUCUAUCAUAACCUAACCCUUUUGGUUCCCGGCUGCCAAGAAGUUGUAAGACAGUGUAACAAGAAUAUGGAUGGCGGAAAAUCUUGCCUUUCGGCCUAUAAAUGCAAAGAUAUCUACUAUCUCAUCAAGAAAAAUAUGGGAAAUAAAAAUCGUUACGAUAUCAGGAAGACUUGUGAAGGAGGGUUUUCGUCGCUCUGUUACGACUUUUCAGGCGUAGAGACUCUCCUCAACGACACGAGUGUAAAAAGGGCUCUUGGAGUUAAUGAGCACAUCGAUUUUGUUUCGUGUAGUGAGACCGUGUUUGAUGCAAUGGCUUCGGACUGGUUUAAAGAUCAAUCACACCGCAUCCCACUUCUCCUUGAAGACGGCAUCAAACUGCUGGUUUAUGCUGGAGAAUAUGACUUUAUUUGCAACUGGCUGGGAAACUCGAGAUGGGUAGAAGCUUUGGAGUGGUCGGGGAAGAGGGGGUUUGCGGGAGCCCCGAACACGAGCUUUGUUGUGGAUGGAGAGGAGAAGGGGACGAUGAAGAGCUAUGGAGCAUUGGCUUUUCUUAAGGUUCAUGAUGCAGGCCACCUGGUUCCAAUGGACCAGCCUAAGGCAUCCCUGGAAAUGCUUCAGAGGUGGAUGCAAUCCCAGCUUUAAUAUAAUUUCUUGAAAACCACUCUACAAAAGAGUUGGCCUCUGGGGUGUUUUUAUGGUUGAAAAAACUUUAUCUUUGACGAGUUUAUUAUAUUACCACAUAUGUGUGUUUGUAACACAGAGCUAUAUCAGCUAUCUAUAUUGUGUGCCAGUUCAGAACCAGUUCCGAAUAAUUUUUUUAUAUAAUAUUUGGUAAAGAAAUUAGAGUACUAUAU